CAAGGCUCAAGGAAACCAUGCUCGCUCGAAUAGUCGCAGCUUGCCUAAUUGGCUCCAUGUUCAUCUUCAUUUCCGCCUACGAGUCGGGACCGGAACGGAUCGGUUAUGAACUCGCACUCAGCGGCACGGAACCUACCCAGAAGAUCCCCGAAAAAUGUCGGUGCGAAGCCGAAUGGCAAAAGACCACGGCAUCUCAACCCUGUAAGAGCUUGCUCACCUGUGAUCGAGCCGGCAUACAUGGUCACUGUCCAUUCCACAGUUACGUGGAAUAUUUUACAUGCAGCAAUCCGAAGUGCAGCGGCAGUGCAGGCCCCAUCUUCACAAGUUGCAAGUACCCGCAUCAACUAGGCAAGUGCGACGAACCAAACAUACCUCAAGCCCUAAUCAGGGGGAGGCGCACACUAAGCGCUCCUCCCCGUCUUCAGGACGGACACUGGUGCACCUUCGACACCCCUUCAAUUUGAAGGGUUUCUUGACUCUAGGAAUUCAACAUCAUUAUGAAAUUCAACUUAAUACUUUCAAGAUUGGAUCCAUGUUUCAGGGUCCGCGUGUGUUGCAUCCUCCAAAAAGACUUGGCAUGACAAACAAAAGAAAAAUACAAACAGGAAAAAUAAUAUAGGCUUUGAUAGUAAAAUCAAACAG